CGGAAGGGGUUCGAGCCGUCCCGCCGCCCUGGGUCACCUUCUCACGGGCUGGCACCGGCGCGCAGGUGCUUUUCGACACCGAUCGGAGAGACCCCGCGCCCAGCCCUUGGGGGGGACCAGGUGCCACGGCCGAGGGGCAGGGCUGAGGCCUCCGCGAGCUCCCUGGCCGGUCCCGGGGGCGGUGCUUUGCGCGCUGGCCCCCGGGGCUCCACCCCUCUCUGCGGGCUCAGUCGCCUUUUGGCCAGGCAAGUUAAUCACCGCGGCCCAAUGACUACAGGCCCGACCUUUCCCGCCCAGGACCCAGAAAGACAACCGAGGGGGAGCCCGAGGCGGUUUCACUGCUGUGGCCGCUCCAGCAGCAGCUCCCCAGGUCUACAGACACCAGUCCACCUCGGCUUUCCCCAGCGCCUGGCCCUCCGAGACGGCACCUAACAACGGGCGCCCGCAUCUGAACUUGGCUGGUGAGAUACUUUGUAUCCGAAGGCUCAGGACCCUGGACCACCGAGGUCGCUGGGACGCAGGAACUAGGGAACAUGGGAACUGGAGUCCCUGCCUCGGAGCAGACCAGCUGUGCCAAAGGGGAUCCACAGGUUUAUUGCCCUGGAGAUACUGGAAGCACUGAGACUAUACAAGUUACAGACAGCAAGAGCCCUGAGGUCAGUCGACCACAAAAUGACUGGGGCAACCACAAUCAGGAUGACUCUGGAAAGCUGAUGGCUUCCUAUGAGGGUAAAGCUAAGGGCUACAAAGUGCCUCCCUUUGGCUGGCGCAUCUGCUUGGCUCAUGAGUUUGCAGAGAAAAGGAAACCCUUUAAUGCCAACAACAUCUCCCUAAGCAACCUGAUAAAGCAUCUGGGCAUGGGCCUUCGGUACUUGCAGUGGUGGUACCGGAAGACCCAGGUGGAGAAGAAGACCCCUUUCAUCGACCUCAUCAAUUCUGUACCCCUGAGACAGAUCUAUGGUUGUCCCUUGGGUGGCAUUGGGGGAGGCACUAUCACCCGAGGCUGGAGAGGCCAGUUCUGUCGUUGGCAGCUUAAUCCUGGAAUGUACCAGCACCAGACAGUCAUCGCUGAUCAAUUCACAGUGUGCUUGCGCCGGGAAGGGCAGACAGUGUACCAGCAAGUCCUAUCUAUGGAGCGCCCAAGUGUCCUGCGCAGCUGGAACUGGGGCCUGUGUGGCUACUUUGCAUUCUACCACGCCCUCUAUCCCCGAGCCUGGACUGUCUAUCAGCUUCCUGGCCAGAAUGUCACCCUCACCUGCCGCCAGAUCACACCCAUCUUGCCCCACGACUACCAGGACAGCAGCCUUCCUGUAGGAGUUUUUGUGUGGGAUGUGGAAAAUGAAGGGGACGAAGCCCUGGAAGUGUCCAUCAUGUUCUCCAUGCGGAAUGGACUUGGGGAUGGAGAUGAUGCCUCAGGGGGCUUGUGGAAUGAGCCCUUCUGUCUGGAGCGUGAUGGGGAGACUGUUCAGGGACUGCUGCUGCAUCAUCCAGCCCUUCCAAAUCCCUACACCAUGGCUGUGGCUGCACGACUCACAGCAGAGACCACGGUAACUCACGUCACAGCCUUUGACCCUGAUGGCACUGGGCAGCAGGUGUGGCAAGAUCUACUCCAGGAUGGACAGCUGGACUCCCCUGCUGGUGAUGGGGACGGCCUGACAGGCCGAAGCACCCCCUCACAGAAGGGAGUAGGCAUUGCUGGGGCUGUGUGUGUCAUGGGCAAGCUGCCGCCCCGAGGCCGGUGCCAACUGGAGUUCUCAAUGGCUUGGGACAUGCCCAGAAUCAUGUUUGGAGCUAAGAGCCAAGUCUAUUACAGGCGGUACACAAGGUUUUUUGGCCCAGAUGGUGAUGCUGCCCCAGCCCUUAGCCACUAUGCACUGUGCCAAUACACAGACUGGGAAGAGAAGAUCUCGGCUUGGCAGAGCCCGGUACUGGAUGACAGAUCCUUGCCUGCCUGGUACAAAUCUGCACUGUUCAAUGAACUAUACUUCCUGGCUGAUGGAGGCACAGUCUGGCUAGAAGUUCCUGAGGACUCCCUGCCAGAGGAGCUGGUGGAGAGCAUGUGUCAGCUCCGCCCCAUCCUACGAGAGUAUGGCCGAUUUGGCUACCUUGAAGGCCAGGAAUAUCGCAUGUACAACACGUACGAUGUUCACUUCUAUGCUUCCUUCGCCCUCGUCAUGCUCUGGCCCAAACUCGAGCUCAGCCUGCAGUAUGACAUGGCUCUGGCCACUCUCAGUGAGGACCUGACCCGGCGACGGUACCUGAUGAGUGGGGUAGUGGCACCUGUGAAAAGGAGGAACGUCAUCCCCCAUGAUAUUGGAGACCCAGAUGAUGAGCCAUGGCUCCGGGUCAAUGCAUAUGUGGUCCACGAUACUGCUGACUGGAAGGACCUGAACCUGAAGUUUGUGCUGCAGGUUUAUCGGGACUAUUACCUCACUGGUGAUCAGGUCUUCCUCAGAGACAUGUGGCCUGUGUGUCUGGCGGUGAUGGAGUAUGAAAUGAAGUUUGACAAGGACCAAGAUGGACUCAUUGAGAAUGGAGGCUAUGCAGACCAGACCUAUGAUGGAUGGGUCACCACGGGCCCCAGUGCUUACUGUGGAGGACUGUGGCUGGCAGCUGUGGCUGUGAUGGUCCAGAUGGCUGCUCUAUGUGGAGUACAGGACAUCCAGGAUAAGUUUUCUUCCAUCCUUAGCCGGGGCCAAGAAGCCUACGAGAGACUGCUAUGGAAUGGCCGCUAUUACAACUAUGACUGCAGCCCUCUGCCUCAGUCCUGUAGCAUCAUGUCUGACCAGUGUGCUGGCCAGUGGUUCCUAAGGGCCAGUGGCCUAGGAGAAGGAGACACGGAGGUAUUCCCUACCCCACAUGUGGUCUGUGCUCUCCAAACCAUCUUCGAGUUCAAUGUCCAGGCCUUUGCAGGAGGAGCCAUGGGGGCUGUGAAUGGGAUGCAGCCCCAUGGUGUCCCCGAUAGAUCUAGUGUCCAGUCUGAUGAAGUCUGGGUGGGUGUGGUCUACGGGCUGGCAGCCACCAUGAUCCAGGAGGGCCUGACCUGGCAGGGCUUCCAGACAGCUGAGGGCUGCUACCGUACUGUGUGGGAGCGCCUGGGCCUGGCCUUCCAGACCCCCGAGGCAUACUGCCAGCAGCAGGUAUUCCGCUCCCUGGCCUACAUGCGGCCACUGAGCAUCUGGUCCAUGCAGCUGGCCCUGCAGCAGCAGCAGCAGAAAAAGGCCUCCAGGCCAACCGCCGAAUGGCGCACAGGACAAAGCACCAGGCCUGAACAUGGACCAAAGGAAGCCAUAGCAAAUCUGAGCCCAGAGUCUCCUGCAACCCUGAGCCACCAGGACAAUCACACCCCUUCCCUUCUCACCAUUCAACUGCACCAGUAAAGAGGGGUUGAGGGUGACCCAAGCAUCAAAAUUAAUUAUUUAUUUCUUUGCUCACCCCAUUCCUUCCCAAUGCAUGAAAUGCUCAAGGAGGUCAGUUAAUUCCCUAGGUUGAUUCAUGGGCAAAGAAACAUACACAGGUAGAAAUAAAAGACCCAGAAAGCCAGUUAAGUGUGGUGUGUUUGAGCCCGCAGGCUUCCUGACAGGGCACAGGAGCUGAGGCUAGUCCUUUCCUAUUCAUUUGGACACAGACUGGAGGGCCCCAGGCUCUAGGUCAGGGCACCUCCCCAUCCUCACAUCUAGCCUGAGUAGCCACCCUGCAAAGUAACAGGUGAGAGGCUGUGGUUAGGGAGCCAUCCCUCCUUCCUGGUGUUAUUUGCAUGCAGGAAGAGGAUGGGACCUGGGCAGGGGAACUUUGAGAAGACGUCAGGGAGUGGCAACUUCAGGGGAGGCUCUGCACCAGGAGCCUGAAGCAUGUGGCAGAACAGGCAGCAAGAGUUGCCAGGAGCCUGGAGCUCAUGGUCUGAGCUGUCCUUUAGUACCUCUGACUGCAGAGCAGGCAGCUCCAUCUGGUGAGGGUCCUCACCGGGAAGGGCACGAAGCUGGCGGGACAACACUGAGGAGACAAAGAGUCUUCAGGGGCAAGCCAGGCCUCCCCUGACCCUUCCCCAACAGUAUAUCAAGCUUCUCACCUCCGUGCUCAGUCGGCAGGCUCCCUCUUAUAUCAGAGGAGUACAGAGCAGGUACAAGAAGGAGGCAGAAGGAGAACAGUAGAACCUGGAUCACAGGAAAAAGGAGAUGAAGAAGGGCUCUGGAUUGCACCCCUAUCCUUGCUGCCUGAGAAAAGGAUAUCUCUCCUUCCAUCACUAUCCUCACCAAGACACAAGUGCUGCUGCUGGUGGUUUUGUUUGAUAUCUGAAUCACCAUGGCCUGGAGUCUCCUCAGCUGAUCUAGAAGAGACCUAGAGGAGGAGAGGGGACAGAGAGUAGCCCCUGAGAUCCUGUGAAACCCUCCUGUUAAGGCCACCUCCCUCUGUACACUGGAUCCUCUCUUGCAUUUUAUCCUAUUUUUUGCAAAGGACUUCUUCCUCUCUCAAACAGAAUGCCCAAAGUUUCUCAUUAAAGCAAACAAACAACCAC